UAAAAAAAAUUCCCCCGCGACGCACGCACCGUUCGUUGCCGAUUGCUACGACCACACCACCACCUCCUCCCUCCCAAUCGAAUCGAAUCGAGUCGCCGCCGGAGCCGGAGACGGAGACGGGGAGCGAUCGAUAAUGGCGAGCCUCACCUUGCCGCCGGCGCUCACCAACCCUCGCCAGGACGCCAUCGACCUCCACAAGGCCUUCAAAGGGAUGGGCUGUGAUAGUACAACAGUUAUAAAUAUACUUACUCAUCGUGACUCGAUGCAACGUGCCAUCAUUCAACAGGAAUACAGGACUAUGUAUUCUGAGGAUCUCUCCCGCCGUAUAUCGUCUGAACUCAGUGGACACCACAAGAAAGCAAUGUUGCUAUGGAUUCUUGAUCCUGCUGGACGAGAUGCAACUGUUUUGAGGGAUGCUCUGAGUGGUGAUACUAUUGAUUUGAGAGCGGCUACUGAGAUAAUAUGUUCCAGGACACCAUCACAGUUGCAAAUAAUGAAACAGACUUAUCAUGCAAAAUUUGGUACUUAUCUUGAGCAUGACAUUGGUCAGCGCACGUCAGGCGAUCAUCAGAAGCUCUUGCUUGCUUAUGUGGGAAUUCCACGCUAUGAAGGUCCUGAGGUUGAUCCUACUAUAGUGACACACGAUGCAAAGGACCUCUAUAAAGCUGGUGAGAAAAGGCUGGGCACUGAUGAGAAGACCUUCAUCCGCAUUUUCGCUGAACGCAGCUGGGCGCACUUGGCAUCUGUUGCCUCUGCUUACCAUCAUAUGUAUGAUCGGUCAUUAGAGAAGGUUGUGAAGAGCGAAACAUCUGGAAACUUUGAAGUUGCUCUGCUAACUAUCCUCAGAUGUGCUGAGAAUCCAGCCAAGUAUUUUGCAAAGGUCUUGCGGAAGUCCAUGAAAGGUAUGGGUACUGAUGACAGCACACUUAUAAGGGUCGUGGUAACAAGGACUGAGAUCGACAUGCAAUAUAUCAAGGCUGAGUACUACAAGAAGUACAAAAAAUCGUUAGCUGAAGCUAUCCAUUCCGAAACUUCAGGAAAUUAUCGAACAUUCCUCCUUUCUCUUGUUGGUAGCCAUUAGGCUACAUUUCAUCGACCAUCGCACUCGACGUUCCAUGACUACAUCCUAAAUUCCUGCGUAGCUCUAGCGGGAAACUGUAUGAUGCUGCUAUCAUUGUACUCUCAAUUCGUGUAUGCAUGCUUGCUUAAAAAAUGUGUGUGUGUGUGUGUGUGUGUAUAUAAGAUGGGCACUAAACAGUUGCUGCUUGCUAUGGUUGGUGGUUCUGUCUGAUCAGUCACAUGCUACUCUUUCGAAUUGAUUCUAAUAAGUGAUGGUAUCUGGUCAUAUUGCUAUC